CUCUCGUCUUCUCAACUAUCCAGUGAAGUUACCCGACUGAUUUCGUAUACAAAUAGAUUCUACAAAAGUACAUCUAAAGAUUGUAUGCGGGUUAACCUCUGUUUCUAGAUUUCUGUUUUGCUGUACUUUAUCAAAAGCAAACAAACCCCUUUAGUGAAUGAUGUCAGGGUGAGAUAUUUUUACGCGCACCGCUGAAAUGGACCACAGGCUCUCGAGAGGCAGUUGGGCGCCCGUGACCGGGCUGGUGGUGUGUCUACUGUUGUGUGCGUGUGUAGUGGAUCUGGUUCUAGCGCAAAUAAGAUAUUCUAUACCCGAAGAACUGGAGCAUGGAGCUUUUGUGGGUAACAUCGCCGAGGACUUGGGCUUAGAUGUGGCCAAGCUGUCAGCGCGUCGGUUCCGUAUAGUAUCUGGCGCAAAGAAGCAGUAUUUAGAGGUGAACUUGGAGAAUGGCAUUUUAUUCGUCAACGAAAAAAUAGAUCGAGAGGAGCUGUGUGAACGGAGCCCGAGCUGUUUCUUACACCUGCAGGUGGUUAUUGAAAACCCAUUAGAAUUGUAUAGAGUGGAGGUGGAGAUUUUAGAUGUGAACGACAACUCUCCCAGCUUCCCAUGGAGCGAGUUUAAUCUUGACAUCACCGAGUCGGCUGCGCCCGGCUCCCGUUUCCCUUUAGAGAGCGCUCAGGACCAGGACGUGGGCACCAACUCUCUCCGCUCCUACCAGCUAAGCGCAAACCAGCACUUUGUGCUGAACAUCCAGACACGCAACGAUGGAAGUAAGUUUGCUGAGCUCGUGCUGGACACCCCGCUCGACCGGGAGCAACAGAAAAAGCACGAGAUGGUGUUGACUGCCUAUGACGGCGGCUCUCCGGAACGUUCUGGGACAGCACUGAUAACUAUUACGGUGUUAGACGCGAACGAUAACGUGCCAGUAUUCGAUCGGUCCGUUUACCGAGCGAGCCUGGUGGAGAACGCGCCGAGGGGAACGCUGGUGCUGAAACUGAAUGCCACCGAUCUGGACGAGGGCUCUAACGGGGAAGUGACCUACGCGUUCAGCGGGCACGCUCCACUCAAGGUGCGUGAGCUGUUCAGUGUGGACCCCUACACGGGUGAAAUCCGAGUGAAGGGUGUUGUGGACUAUGAGAAAGCCAGUGUAUAUGAGCUGUAUGUGCAGGCAAAAGACAGGGGCCCCUCUGCUGUGGCAGUGCACAGUAAAGUGCUGGUGGACAUUCUGGAUGUGAAUGAUAAUGCGCCCGAAGUCAUCCUCACAUCAGUGUCCACUCCCGUCCAGGAGGACGCGCCACCGGGCACGGUGAUAGCCGUUAUCAGCGUCAUGGACCGGGACUCGGGAGAGAAUGGAAAUGUUGACUGCCAGAUUCCCAGCAACGUCCCCUUUCAGCUGCACUCCUCCUUUAAAAACUACUAUACUCUGGUGACCAGCGAGUUUUUGGACAGGGAAGCUGUGUCUGAGUACAACAUCACCCUCACGGCCCGCGACUUGGGCUCUCCGUCACUCUCCACGAAGAAAACCAUCCUCGUUCAAGUGUCUGAUAACGACAACCCCCCACGGUUUUCUCAACCUUCCUACACAGUUUAUGUGACCGAGAAUAAUGCCCCGGGCGCUUCCAUUUGCUCAGUAACUGCAUUCGACCCCGAUUCUAACCAGAACGCCUAUCUGUCUUAUUCUAUUCUGGAGGGUCAGAUCCAGGGCAUGCCCGUGUCCACUUAUGUCUCCAUCAACUCAGACAACGGCAACAUCUAUGCUCUGCGCUCUUUUGACUAUGAGCAGCUUAGAAACUUUCAGAUCCAGGUCCAGGCGCAGGACGCCGGUUUCCCCCCUCUCAGCAGUAACGUCACUGUAAACGUCUUUGUUUUGGAUCAGAAUGAUAACGCACCGGUUAUUGUAUCUCCGCUGCCAAAAAAUGGGACCGUGGCCACAGAAGUGGUCCCGCGGUCGGUGGACGCUGGGUAUCUGGUUGCUAAAAUCACUGCGCUGGAUGCCGACGCGGGGCAAAACUCUCGCCUGUCCUAUCAGGUGCUACAGGCUACGGAUCCAGGGCUGUUCAGCGUAGCUCUAUACACAGGAGAAAUCAGGACUAUUCGCCGAUUAGUGGAAAAAGACGCAACAAGGCAGAGACUAGUGAUAUUAGUGAAGGACAACGGGCAGCCGCCUCUCUCCGCCACCGUCUCCAUCCUCCUCUCUGUGGUGGACAGUGUGCCCGAGUCGUUGUCAGAUUUCGGUGACCUCACACUCAGCCCACAGCCCCCCUCAAACCUCGCUCUCUACUUGAUCGUGUCACUGAGCACAAUCUCUCUAAUAUUCCUGGUGGCUAUUAUCGUGCUGGCUGCGGUCAAGUGCUACAAGGACAGGGAGACCCUCAGCGGGUACAACCUCCCCCCAUUCGCCUGCUGCUGUUGCGGGGGGUUUCAGCCUGAGCCACCUCCGGAGGUGUUCAAGAAAUCCAACCUCAACCUGCAGAUAUCAACCGCGGCCAAAGUGCCCACGAACUGCAUGGAGGUGAAUGGCAACAGCAGCCUCUCGCAGUCCUACUGUUAUAAAGUGUGCCUGACUCCUGAAUCGGCCAAAAGUGACUUUAUGUUCCUGAAGCCGUGCAGCCCGAGCAGCACACCGAGGAACAACGAGGCGAAGAGUGCAGAUAACUCGUGGAACGCACAAAGCCGGAGCGCAUCUGUGAACAACGGAGCUACCACUCCCAGUGAGCUCAAGCAGCCCAACACAGAUUGGACUCUCACAAAGAAUCAGAACUCUUCCAUUAAAAGCUAUAACUCUAUCAACAUGGAUGGCACCUUGAUGCGAAAGGCCAUGCAUGCAGACCCAGACAACUAUGUCACCUCUAUGGCCCCUGGCCAGUACUGGACGUGGGGCACUCACAUUAGAGGAAUGAAAGACUACAAGAUGUCUCCUUCAGCCACUGGGGUCCCUCCUCGCUCCUGGACUCCUCGGUGCACACCCCCACCCCAGCAGCAGCAGCCAUCGCUCCCCUCUCACCCUCACCCACACCCUCCGCCCGACUACCAGCAUAAUGUGUACAUCCCUGGGACACCCUCAGGCUUUUGCACCCUGAGGCCCACUGUGCAGCGCAGUGAGCUUGAUGUCCACAACUCCUUCUCCACAUUUGGCAAGAAGCGACGUCUUCAGAUGUCCCCCCAAGGAGAGGCUGCCAUGAUCAACAAUGACUUGUACAAUGACUGACUGGCUUAAAAAUACUGACUGCCUGAAUGGAAGACUGGACAGGAUGGAUGGAUAACCUCUGAUCGAAACAGAGAAGGAGACAGUUAAAUACAUGAAUGAGUGAGCAAAUAGAUUGCCAGUCUCUAUGGUGUGAAAACUAGAGUGGACCAGUGACCUGAUGAGCAGAAUAAAUUAUGUUUGAAUUUGUGGAAUUAAUGAAUGAACAAUCCACCUCUCCAAAUAUAAUGAAAGAAAUUGAGUCUCACGGCCAUUCAUUUGACAUGUCACUGCAACAUGGCCUUUGCCUAUGAUUAUGAUUAUGAUUAUGAUUUAGACAAUCAAACUGAAGCAGCAGUUGUUACAUCCAAAUGAUAUUAACAAAACGUAUUAAAUAGUGGACGACAAUUUUGCACAUCGUUAUGAAUUUAUAUUUUUAGCUUUUAUGGAAAAUAAAAAUGUUUUUUUUUUUGUAUGUUGGUUCGCUGGCAAAGCUGUGACUAUGAAGAAAUAGCGUGACAAUGUAAAAUAUGCAAACUGCAGCAGAGGCAGACAAUUCUAAAGGACGAAGGGGGGUCCUUUCAACAUGUA